AGUCUCUCGGAAACCGCCGGGGUAUCCGUGCCAAAUUUUCCACAUACUCUUGCUCCACAUUAACUGUGGCCUGAAAUUUUCUUCUCUCUGGGUGAACUGCACCCACAGCUGCAGAGUACAACUAUUUACACACUCCCCAUCGCCUAUUGAUGGGCAUUUGGGGGUAAAUUGCGGUGAAUCUCAGGUUAAUUUGAGGCUUUUGUGAGAUGGUUUCAGCCCCAUUGGAGCUGUAACACUUUUAUGGUGUGAGGAGACGAAAAAAAAGGAGCAGAAAAUUGGUGUGUUGGGAAAAGUGGGAUAAAGUGACUUGGGGUUGCGAUAAGAAGGGGUUGUGCAAAAGGGGGCUUUUCUUUUUCGCUUGUUCUUUCUCCCUCGACAAUUUUAUCUCGCUGUGUGGCUGCACAAUGAAAAAUCUUCCCUCGCUGACACGAAGGAGGAUUAAGUCAUCUUCCACGUCUUUGGGGGAUUAAGGAGCCAGCUGAUGUUUUCUGGGUUCCCAUUUGGCCACCCCAUUUUGCGCGCCCACCCAAACACUGUGGUACCCGCAAUGUUGUUCUGCGGGGGUGUGAGGGGGUGAUAAAGUUCGAAGGGUGAAAUGUGAGACAAUUAAUGGGAGUGAAUUGAGUGACAGUCUGGGGAUGAUUUUUCACGGAGCCAAAUCAAGUGAAACGAGCGCAAUAAUUGGUGCGCCUCAAGUGUGAGGGCGAGUGACUUUUGAGGAAAAUAUCUCACCUCUGUGCUAGUUGGUGUGGAAAAACGCUCCCAUACAAUUUUAUCGAUUUCCGGCUACGAGGCACAGAUUCAUCCAUUCGAGAGAAUUGGCCUAUGUGUGAUUUCAGCGGUUGACGAGAUAAAUCAAACACCGCUUUUCCAAACCUGUCACACCUCUUUUAGCCCUCUGGAAAUCUCGAUGAAUAAAUAAUAAGGUCAUCUGGAGGUAGCAAAUACAGCAUAUAUAGAGACAGGAAAAAAAAUACCCAAAAAGAGCUUUCUUGGUAACCAGCCAAAAAUCCCCGUGCUGUCGUGGUGGACGUGGACGAAGAAAUAUUGGAGAGUGGUACACAGAGCUUUGUGCGUGUGUAUGGGAAGUCGGAGUCUGGGGGUGGAAGAGACUGGAAUGGAUCAUGCGCUCAUCCUGUGAUUUGUUUAUACCCAACACCACGGACGCUUGUUCGUCUGGAGAAGAACACUCUCUACUACACUCUAUUUGGACUUUAUUCAAUUAUCCACGACGGGAUCAUCUCUUGUGAACCACCAACCCCCUCGUUCCAAAAUCCACGACAACCCACUGGGUGGAAGGAUCGCUCGUUUGCGCAUCUCAUACAUUUUGCAACACGCGUCUCCACACUUCAUCCAUGGUUAGACUACCCAACCCCUAAAGCGUGAACGCACCCCCACCCAAGGAAAACCCCCCGGAAAAGCCCGCGCAAUCAGUGAGAAAAAUUUGCACACCAAGAAAAUACUCGGGACGUGACACACUAAUUGAUGAGGUGGCGGUAAUGAUACCAACCCUCACCCCUGGAGCACCCCUUCGCCAUUCUACAUAGCCAAAGCGCAAACUGUGGUGCACCCUCCAAGAGGCAUGGCGAAGAUACUAAAUGGGGAGCAGAAUGGUGAGGAAUCACAAAAUGAACCACCACCGUCGAAGCAAGACGACGAUGAUUUGGAGAAGAUCAGUGAGUUGUUUGAGAAGAAACCGGAAGUGCUGGAGAAGUGGCUCCGAGAUAGAGCACCACUCGAAUUCAUCCACAAAAUUCAUGCUAUUGUCACAAAGUCGCCCAAAAGUCCAAGGAAGGGUGGGGGGUCAGUGUCUUCUGACCUCUUUCAGCAGUGGUUGGCGCUCUCACCACAAAGGCGAAGCCGCAACAUCCAGAUUCAGCGCUCAAUCGGCACACGGAGGCAUUUGGAGAAUCUGAAUGAGAAUGAAUUGUUCAUGGAGUUGAUUCGUGAUGUGGCCAAUGAGUUGGAUAUCGAUGUGCUGUGCCAUAAGAUACUCGUGAAUGUUGGACUACUCACACAGGCGGAUCGUGGGAGUUUGUUCUUAGCGCGAAAUACUCCCAGUGGACGAAUUCUCGUGGCGAAAUUGUUCGAUGUAACGCAGGAUACACCACUCGAGGAGGCAAUGAGGCAGGCCCACGAGGAACCCAUUGUGAUACCUUUUGGCGUUGGUGUGGCAGGAAUUGUUGCGGAAACAAAGGAAAUUAUCAACAUAAAAGAUGCAUACAAAGACAAGCGCUUUAAUGCUGAAAUUGACCUCCGAACGGGCUACAAAACCAAAUUAAUCCUCUCCAUGCCAAUCUGCAACUACGAGGGUGAUGUCAUUGGCGUGGCAGAGAUUAUAAACAAAAUCAAUGGAAAAGAGGAUGUAGAGGAAUUUUCGGAAAAGGACGUAGAAGUUUUCCGACGCUACCUCACAUUUUGCGGCAUUGGCAUCCAGAAUGCUCAACUAUUUGAAAUAUCCGUCCAAGAGUAUCAGCGCAAUCAGAUUUUGCUUAAUCUAGCGAGAAAUAUCUUCGCCGAACAGAGCAAUUUGGAGUGCCUCGUGAGCAAGAUUAUGCAGGAAGCCAGGGAGCUGCUCAAAUGCCAACGCUGUGCAGUUUUCCUCCUUGAUUUGGACUGUGGCGAAGCGAAUCACCUAGAACGGAUUUUGGAGAAACCAUCGCAGAAUGUUCAAACAUUCUCACGACGUCAGAGCAAAGUCAUCAAUGUGGAGGAUAUUUUGGAGCAACAAAAAUCUCCCAUGCGAUUUACCACCCUGUUCGAGUUGGGUGCAGAAAAUCAAGUGGGUACCGUGAGUCGACCCACGGUGGAGGAUCUACAGAAUUCUACGCUCGCUCUCAUAGCCCAGAUGGUUGCGUCCACAAAUCAAAUACUCAACAUUGAAAAUGUACGUGAAUGGCUGAAGGAUAAAACGGCGCUCUUCAAGAACGACGAGGCAGACAACAUUCGCACGAUCCUGUGCAUGCCCAUCGUGAAUGGUUCAAAGGAUGUUAUCGGUGUUGCUCAAUUAAUUAAUAAGAAUAACGAAUCGACUUUUAGCGAGUUGGAUGUGUCAAUCUUGGAGGCAUUCGCGAUAUUCUGCGGCCUGGGUAUCCACAACACGCAAAUGUACGAGAGUGCGUGCAAAUUGAUGGCAAAGCAGAAAGUGGCCCUCGAAUGUCUAUCAUAUCAUGCCACAGCCAGUCAAGAGCAAACAAUUAAAUUGGCCCAAGACUCCGUACAGUCGGCCGAGGAGUACAGCCUCUAUAGCUUCAAAUUCAUAGAUUUUGAUCUCUCCGACGAUGACACCUGCCGUGCCACUGUGAGAAUGUUCCUGCAAUGCAAUUUAGUGCAGCAAUUCAAUAUUCCCUAUGAAGUUCUCUGUCGGUGGAUUCUUAGUGUUAAGAAGAAUUAUCGUCCUGUUAAAUAUCACAAUUGGAGGCACGCACUAAACGUAGCACAGACCAUGUUUGCCAUGAUGAAAACGGGAAAGAUGGAACAAUUUAUGCAUGAUUUAGAAAUCCUUGGACUCCUUGUUGCCUGCCUGUGUCACGAUCUCGACCACCGGGGUACCAAUAAUGCCUUCCAGACCAAAACAGAGAGUCCCCUGGCGAUUCUCUACAGCACCAGCACCAUGGAGCACCACCACUUUGACCAAUGUGUUAUGAUUCUAAACUCAGAGGGCAAUAAUAUUUUCCAGGCCCUCUCCCCAGAUGACUACCGUCGAGUAAUGAAAGUUGUGGAGGCAGCGAUACUCUCUACGGAUCUUGCCAUGUAUUUUAAGAAGCGAAAGAGUUUCCUGGACCUCAUUGAGUCGGGUGAAUUUGAUUGGCAGGGAGAAGAAAAGAAAGAACUGCUUUGUGGUAUGAUGAUGACAGCAUGUGAUGUUAGUGCAAUUGCCAAGCCAUGGGAGGUGCAACAUAAAGUGGCUAAAUUGGUGGCAGAUGAAUUCUUUGACCAAGGCGAUUUGGAGAAGCUACAGCUCAACACACAGCCAAUUGCCAUGAUGGAUCGUGAGCGCAAAGAUGAGCUCCCGAAGAUGCAGGUGGGCUUUAUUGACGUCAUCUGUCUACCACUCUACCGUGUGCUGUCCGAGACAUUCCCAUGGAUGCGACCGCUAUAUGAGGGUACAAUGGACAAUAGACAGCACUGGCAGGACUUGGCUGAGAAGGUGGAAAUGGGCUUGACAUGGAUUGAUCAUGACACAAUUGAUAAGCCCAUUGAGGAGUUUGCUGCGUGCACAGAAGAAAUAAAGGACAUCGAAUUCACCGUGACAACCCUCAACUGUGUGCACAAUGAAGAGAGUUCGCCGUCGCACGAGAAGCAUCGACGCUUCAAUAGCCUGAGGAAAUCGAAUGCCCUGUCGAAGGCGGUGAGGAAUCGUCUCUCUAAGUCUCUGUACUGCAGCAAUUCCAAUAAGAAAGACCCAAUCGAUGAUGACACAUCUGACACUGCUGCUGAGGGCACCAAGACUACACCCCCCAAGGAAGCCACGAAGAAACCCGGCGAAAGGAGCAAAGGGCACAAGAAGCGCACCCACCUUUGUCUCUUGCUGUGACCAAAGGCCUGCACGUUGGAUGAAUCACAUACUAUAGUAGUAUAAACUCUCUUCUAAAAGAAACCCCCCUUUACUCAAUAUCUCAUGGUACUAAAAAAAAAGAAGAAAUAAAAUAAUAAAUUCUCUUCACUAAAUUCUACAAACAAAAUAAAUAAGGAAGAAUUCCUAAAUAUAUUGAGUUCUUUUUAAGUCAAUAUAAUUUUCUGUGGUAUGAAAAAGUGAAACUUUUGUAAAAGACAUAAAUUAUAUUAUAUAAAAUAAAAUAUAUUAAAGUAAAUGAAUACAUAGCAAAAAACAUGUGAAGGAGAAUGUUAGAAAAAAUUACACAUAUAGCAAGAGCAAUUAUAGAUAUACAUAACACACUACACAGAUAGCAAGAUUUAAGUAUUAAAUUGAAUAAAAUAAGAGAAACAUUCAUGUGAUUGAGGAAACACCACAAGA